AUGGCCAGGGUGCCGGGCGCUGUGCUGUUGGCCGUGCUGUGCGCUGCGGCGCCGGCUCGCUCCUACUUACACUUGCCUCUCGGCGUCCCGGGCGAGGGUCUCCCGAGCAAUGCGGGUGGCACGGAUAGUGAGGGGGUGGGGGCGGGGUCGUGCGGCGCGGAGCAGUUCGCGUGCGCGGACGGCUCGCGCUGCGUGCCCGCCGCCUGGCGCUGCGACGGACGAGCGCACUGCCCAGACGCCUCCGACGAGCUACACUGCACGUGGAACGUGACUUGCGGCGCGGGACAGUUCCGGUGCGAGCGCAGCGGACUGUGCGUGGCUGCGGGCUGGCGCUGUGAUGGAGACGCUGACUGCGGGCCCCACGACGACUCCGACGAGAACCCUUUCAUGUGUGAGAAGGAGUUCCGUUGCCCGGGCAACGAGGCGCGGUGCGAGACGCCGCUGGGCGGGCGGUUCUUGUGCGUGCCCGUCGCCGCCUUCUGCGACACGAGACGCGACUGCGUCGACGCCAGCGACGAGUGGGACAUCUGCGACAACUUUACGAAGGCGCAGUGUGCGCCGCUAGGCUGUGCCCACGGCUGCAGGCCCACGCACCAGGGACUCGCUUGCUUCUGUCCCGAGGGCUACGAGCCGCGCGAUGGACAGUGUGUUGAUAGUGACGAAUGUGCGCGUGAAGACACAUGCGCGCAACGUUGCUCGAACUCAGACGGCUCUUAUACGUGUUGGUGCGUGGCGGGGUACGCGUUGCAGCCAGAUGGAUCCUCAUGCGAUGCUAUUAAUGAUCCCCCCGGUGAGGAGUUGUCGCUGGUUGUUGGUACCCAGGCAGGAGUGGAGCGCAUAUGGGCUUCGCUUGCCCACGGUCGCAACAUCACGGUGGCAGCUCGCGAUGCGCUCAACGUGCGCGCGAUAGACUUCCUCUACGACAACAGAUCAAUUUGCUACGUGCACACGAACGUGAGCCGCUCGAGCAUCGCGUGCGUGUCGGCCGACAACAUGACGAACUACAGCCUGCUCCUCCCCACUCCGAAUUUAUUUCCUGAUGUUGAUUCGGUGAACCACCUCGCCAUCGAGUGGGUGUCAGGCAACUGGUACGUGUACGACGAGGCGCGCGAGGCCUUGUACGUAUGCGACGCGAGCGCGCACUACUGCCGCCUGCUGAUGGAUGGACUCGCCAAGCUGCACGGUCUAGCGCUGGAUCCGCUACACGGGCUGAUGUUCUGGUCGGAGUGGGGCGCGGCGGCGCCAGGCGUCUGGCGCGCGGAUCUGAGUGGUGGGGCUGGUGUAGGAACGGUGGGAUCUGGGGGGGAGCGGCGUGCGCUGGCCGCCCGCCGGCUGGUGUACCCGGGCGCACCCGCGCUCGACCUGACCGCGCGCCGCGUCUACUGGCCCGACGCCUACCUUGAGUGCGUCGAGCGCGCCGACUACGAUGGCAAGCAUCGCGUCACCGUGCUGCGCUCAUAUAGCAGCCAGCGGCUGCAGCGUAUCGCGGUGCUGGCGGGCGCGCUGUUCCUGCCGGGCUGGGAGCAGCGCGGCGUGCGCGUAGCGCCGGCCGGCGCGCUGGCGCCGCGCUGGCCAGCAGCCAUGCUGCCGGUGAGCGCGCGCCCGCUAGCAGUGCUCGCCUUCCACCGCCAGGCACAGCCCAAAGUGGCGCAUCCGUGCGCAAAGAAUAAGGGCGGCUGCGCUCACAUCUGCAUAGUCGCGUAUCGCGACGGAGUGGGAGUAGCGCAGUGCCUGUGCCGUCACGGGUUCCGGCUAGCAGGGGAACGUGAUUGUGUGCGCGCGGAGCUGGACAGCUACUUGGUGGUGGGGCGCGGCUCGCCGGCCAUGGUGCAGGCGCUGGCGCUGGACACGGCGCACGCGGGCUGGGAGCCGUUGGUGCCAGCCACGCGCGCCGACCGACCAACCACCGCUGACGUAGAUCUGGAAGACCAACGCCUCUACUACUGCGACGUGCACAGAUACGAGAUCUUACGCCAACGUCUGGACGGAACAGAACCGGAGAUAUUCUUAAACGAGGAUGUGGACAACUGCGAGGGAAUUGCAAUUGACCCGAUUGGGCGCAACGUGUACUGGACGGACGACGCGCUGGGGCGCGUGUCGGUGGCGCGGCUGGGCGCGGCGCGCGCGCGGCGCGUGCUCGUGCAGCAGGACCACUACAACCCGCGCUCCAUCCUGCUCGACCCACCCAAUGGUGUGAUGUACUGGUCUGUGUGGGCGAGCGCGGUGUCAGCGCGGGGCAGCAUCGAGAGCGCAUACAUGGACGCGUCGCGGCGCCGCACGCUGCUCGACACCGACCUGCACUGGCCCAACGGACUCGCGCUCGACACCAACACCGACACGCUCUACUGGUGUGACACAUACUUGAAUAAGAUUGAGCGUUUGCGCAUGAGCGCGGACGGUAACCACGUGCGCGAGCUUGUGGCGAAGGACGAGCCUAGCGCUCCACUGAAGAAGCCCUACGGACUAGCGCUCUAUGAAGGUGCGCUGAUGUGGAGCGAGCACGGCACCGGCAACAUCAAGCGCCUGGACAGCGACGGACGCGUCUCGCUGCUGGCCGCGCUCGCGCCGCCGCUCUACGACAUCCGCCUCGUCUCCGAAACUGCACGAAUUGGCAGCAACGCGUGCUCGAAGGAGAACGGGGGGUGUGCGGAGCUGUGUCUGGCGGCGGGCACCAACCGCACGUGCGCAUGCGCAGACGCCAGGCCUGGUUCUGCUGUUCCCUCCUCCGUCCCCGCGCCUAUCGGUGCCCCCUCCCCCGUGGACGUGUGCCCGCCGCCCGCUGCAAGUGAGACACCAGCAACGCCGCGCUGCCCGUCAGGACAGUUCCAUUGUGGACGUGGGCGCUGUAUUGAUAUGAUGCUGGUGUGCGAUGGCGACGCGGACUGCCCCGAUGCUUCCGACGAGGAUUCUUCACCAACAGGACCUUGUGCGAAUUCGACUUGCGAUGAGAAUCAGUACAUGCAGUGUGACACCAACCGAUGCAUACCGAAGAGCUGGAUUUGUGACGGCCUUAAGGACUGCACGGACGGCACGGAUGAGGCGGCAGGCGCGUGUGGGCGCGCGGCGUGCGGGCCGGCGCAGUUUGCGUGCGAGCGCUCGCGCCGCUGCCUGCCGCGCGCCUGGCGCUGCGACGGCGCACCCGACUGCGGCACGCACGACGACAGCGAUGAGCGCGGCUGCGAGGUGCCGGAGUGCGGCAGCACGAUGUUCCGGUGCGAGAACGGCGCGUGCGUGCCGUGGGAGUACUACUGCGACGGGCGCGCCGACUGCGCGGACGCGUCGGACGAGCGCGGCUGCCGCGAUCCGCCCGCCGAACCCCCCACCCCGCCGCCACGACCCCGCCGACCCGAUCGACUACACCACCGUCACAACGACACCAACAAGAACGGACUCUGCGAGGACCAUGAGUUCCAGUGUGACAACCGAGAGUGCAUAAGAAUGGAGUUCCGGUGCGACUCGCGCGUAGACUGUCUGGACGGGUCGGACGAGGCGGAGUGCUCGCGCACGCGCACGGCCGCACCGCCCACCACGACAAGCACGACGCCGAGCGUGCACGCGCCGGGCGGCGAGUGUCCGGCGCCCGCCUUGACGUGCGACGCGGGCGUGCGCUGCGUGCCGCUGCUGCAGCUGUGCGACGGCGUCGCAGACUGCGCCGACGGAGCUGACGAGGCCGACAGAUGUGGAGAGCCGAUGUGUGAACUGGCUGCAUGCUCACACGGAUGCCAGGCGGCGCCUGGGGGGCCCGUAUGCACGUGCCCGCCGCCGCUGCACCUGCAGCGCGACGGCAUCACGUGCGCGCCGCGACACUCCUGCGAGGACUGGGGCGUCUGCAGUCAGACGUGUCAGCCGCAAAAGAAUCGUCACAAAUGUACCUGCUAUGAAGAUUACCGGCUCGCUGACGACGGAUUCACUUGCAAGAGCACAGAGGAGGUGACGCCGCUGCUGGUGUUCAGCAACCGGCACGAGGUGCGCGGCGUGGAGCUGCCGUCACUGCGCUCGCGCGCGCUCGUCACGUCGCUCAAGAACACCAUCGCGCUGGACUGGCGUCGCGACCCCGCCACCAACAACACGCACCUAUACUGGACCGACGUCGUCGACGACAACAUUUACCGCGGCACGCUCGUCGGCAACGCACUGAGCGGCAUAGAGGUCGUGGUACAUCAAGGCCUGUCGACUGCUGAAGGGCUAGCUGUUGACUGGAUAGCUGGAAACUUGUACUGGGUAGAAAGCAGUUUACAUCAAAUAGAGGUGGCUAGAGUUGAUGGCAAGUACCGGCGUACGUUGAUUGCUGAGGAUAUGGAUAGUCCACGUGCCAUCGCCGUGGAUCCUAGGAAAGGCUACCUGUUCUGGAGCGACUGGGAGGCUGCGGCGCCGCGCAUCGAGCGCGCGUCGCUGGCGGGGCGGCGGCGCACCGCCGUCGUGCGCGUCGACGCGCUCAGCGACGGCGCCUGGCCCAACGGCAUCGCGCUCGACCACCUCGCCGAGCGCCUCUACUGGAUCGACGCCAGGUCAGACUCGAUCCACACGACGACGUACGACGGCGGUGACUACCGGGAAGUACUACGCGGCCACGAGGCGCUGUCGCAUCCGUUCGCGAUCACGGUGUUCGAGUCACACGUGUACUGGACAGACUGGCGCAGCAACAGCGUAGUGCGCGCCAACAAGUGGAACGGCAGCAGCGUCGCCGUGGUGCAGCGCACGCUCACGCAGCCUUUCGACAUCAAGGUGAUCCACCCGAGCCGACAGCCGCGCGGCGCCAACCCGUGCGGCGCGCACAACGGCGGCUGCUCGCACCUGUGCCUCAUCGACGCGCCCGCCGCGCGCCUGUGCGCCUGCCCGCACCUCAUGCGCCUCAACGCUGACCAGCGCACCUGCGAAGCUCACGAGAAAGUGCUCCUGGUGGGGCGCGAGGGCGAAAUCCGUGGCGUAGACGUGGAGGAGCCGCUGGUGCCCAUCGUGCCCACGAUCUCUGGACCCGACGUCACUGCUCCCACCAACAUACAAUUCCUCGCCGCGGACUACAACGUCUACUGGACGGACACCGAGGUGCAGGAGAUCAAGGUGGCGCGGUUGACGGGCGGCGCAGUGCGCGCGGCCGCGUGGCGGCUGGGCGGCGCGCCUCGCGGGCUUGCGCUGGACUGGGCGGCGCGCACGCUCUACUACUGCGCGGCCGACGCGCUCACCGCCUCCGGGCCCGACGGACAAUUUGCUGCGGAGUUGUUGCGCGAUCCUGACCUCGCGCACCUCUCUGCGCUCGUCGUUGACCCAAUCAGGGGCCAGCUGUAUUGGGCGCUGGGCAGCACCGCCGCGGGCGGCGCUCGGGUGGAGGCGGCGCGCGGGGACGCGAGCGCGCGCCGCACGCUGCUACUGGCGCGCGACCAACCGCUGCUCGCCGCUGUCACCGCUAUGGUUAUGGACGUGGAACACAACCGGCUGUACUGGAUCAACUCGGGCACAGCUACGAUCCAGUAUUACGACGUCGACAUGGGAAAACUUUCUACUAUGUCGCUGAGCCCGGGCGCACGGCCCGUGGCACUGGAGGUGUGGGCGGGGCGCGCGCUGUGGGCCGACGCAGAUGGCACGCUGCGCUCCUGUGCUGCGCCUGCCUGCCGCCACCCGCGCGUGCUGCGCAACAACACAGAAGGCGUGGUGUCGCUGCGCGUGUGGGACGCGGAGCAGCAGCGCGCGGGGGCGGGGACGGGCGCGUGCGCGCUGCGUGCGGGCGCCGCGCGCUGCCAGCACCUGUGCGUGUCGGUGGCGCGCGACGCCAGCGAGUGCGUCUGCGCUGCCGGGUACGAGCGCCAAGGCUCGCGCUGCACACCUGUCGAUGAAAUUUUAAUUUAUCCUUUGGACUCGGACAUACAAGGAAUACACUUAAAUGCAACCAGUGAUAACCUAGAGCCAAAUCUGUUGCCGCCUAUACCUGGCUUGUCUAUGGCUACGGCGAUCGAUUACUAUGCUGAGGGCGAGUGGGUGUACUGGGUGGACGGCGAGCGAGAGUGCGUGUCGCGGGCGCGGCGCGACGGCAGCGCGGCGCAGCGCGUGGUGGCGGGCGGCGACGCGGACGCGCAGGAGCCGGCGGCAGCAUCGCCCGCCGCGCUGGCACUGGACUGGCGCGCGCGCAACCUGUACUGGGCCGACCCGCGCCGCGCGCUGCUGCACGUCGCGCGCCUGGACGGACAGCACCCCUACGUGCUGCUCGACACCGACCCCUUCGCGAUCUCAGCGCUGGCGAUCGACCCGGACCGCGGCUGGCUGUUCAUGAGCGGCGGAGGCUGGGUGCAGCGCGCGCGGCCCGACGGCUCGCAGCGCGCGCUCCUCUACAACGGCAGCGCCGUCGCCGACAUCGCGCUCGACCUGCAGGAGGCGUACGUGUACUGGGCGGCGGAGCCGUGGGCGGGUGAGGAAGCGGGCGUGUGGCGCAUGACAUACGCGGGGGAGCGCCGUGCGCGCCUGCCCGCCUCGCGCCGCGCAGCCGCGCUGGCGCUGCACCACGCGCGCCUGUACUGGCUCGACACGAGCCUGGAGCGCGGUAGCGUGGUGACAGCGCCGCUCAGCAACCUGAGCGACUACCGUAUCAUGCGACACAAUGUUAUAUAUCAUCGUACAGACUUGAUGGUGUGGUCACGCGCGCGGCAGUCGGGCCCCAGUCCGAACCCGUGCGCGGGGCAGGCGGCGGGCUGCGCCGCGCUGUGCCUGUGGGACGGGCGCCGCGCGCGCUGCGUCUGCCCGCACGGACUUCUCGCGCCCGACGCCAAGAACUGCCUGCCACAUAAGGCGUUCAUAAUGUACUCGAGGGUGACGAAGAUUGACAGCAUCCAUUUGGACAACGGCACCGAUCUCAACUCGCCUUACCCGCCCAUAGAAGACAAGGAACUGAUGCGUAACGUGAUCGCCCUCGCCUACGAGUACAACAGCUCGCGGCUGUUCUACUCGGACAUCCAGCGUGGUUCCAUCAACACCGUGCACUUUAACGGCACUGGACACGAGGUGCUGCUAGAGCAGGUGGGCGCGGUGGAGGGGAUGGUAUUCGCGGCGGUGCGCGGCGUGCUGUACUGGACGAGUGCUGGAGGUGGGGGUGGGGUGGGAGGUGAGGGGGGUGAGGUGGGGAUUUGUGGCGUCAACGUGGCGGCGGCGCGAGCGACGCCGCUCCGGCAUCGCACCGAGCUCGUGCAUCACGUGCUGCGUCUGCCCGCUGGUGAGCGCCCGCGCGGACUCGACUUCGAACCCUGCGAAGAGCGGCUGUACUGGACCAACUGGAAUCAGACGCACCCGUGCAUCCAGCGCGCGCUAGUGGGCGGGCUGGGGCUGCAGACCAUCAUCAGCACCGACAUCCUAAUGCCCAACGGUCUUGCGCUGGACCACUCCACGCGCCGUCUCUACUGGGCUGAUGCACGCCUCGACAAGAUCGAGCGCGCCCACUACGACGGCUCCCAUCGCCAUGUGGUGACGCGGUCAGGGGCAAAGCAUCCGUUCGCGGUGGCGGUUGGCGGCGGCUGGGUACUAUGGACGGACUGGGUGGCGCGCGCCGUGCUGCGAGCUGACACCCGCGCUGGUCAUGCCGCGCCGCUGCGCACGCACCUGCCCAGACCUAUGGGGCUCAUCAUCGUGCAGCCGCAGCACCAGAUCUGUGAAAAGGAUCCAUGCUCGAUAUUGAACGGUGGGUGUGCGGAGCUGUGCUCUUUGCGCACGGACGGGCACGUGACAUGCGCGUGCGGCGCGGGCCGCGUGUUGGCGCGCGACGGACUCUCGUGUGCGCCGCCCGCCCCCGCGCCCGCCCUCGCCUGCCCGCCCACUGACUUUGCGUGUGCGGAGGGCGGCUGCGUGCCUUUCGAACUCGUAUGCGAUGGCGUGCCGCACUGCAGCGAUGGACCCGACGCCAGCGACGAGGAUCUUUAUUACUGCACAUCUCGAACGUGCCCCGUGGACUGGCUGGCUUGCGGCACUGGCGGGCGCUGCGUGUCCUCUUCGGUCCGCUGCGAUGGCCGCCCCGACUGCGACGACGGCGCCGACGAGCUGAACUGUGACUGCCCGCCCACACACAUCAAGUGCGACGACGGCAUGUGCGUGCCGCUGACGGCGCGCUGUGAUGGCGCGCUGCAGUGCGCGGACGGGUCGGACGAGCGUGGCUGCGCGCACGCCUCCUGCGCUGCGCUGGGCUCGCUGGCGCUGCGCUGCGGGGCCGCGGACGCUUGCUACCUGCCUGCCUGGCGCUGCGACUCAGUCCCGGACUGUCCCGACGGCACCGACGAGAUGCACUGCCAUGCUGACACAACGGAAAUGAGCCAAAACGCGGAAGCGACGGUAGAUGAAACGGCAGUGGGCGAGUGCUUACCAGACCAGUUCAAGUGCUCGAGCUCGGCGACCGGCGUGGACUGCAUCCCGCUCGCCUGGCGCUGCGACGGACGCCCGGACUGCUCCGACGGCUCUGAUGAGACGCUACACUGUGGUCACGCGAGCGGCAACGCGAGUGCGUGCGGCGCGGACUCGUUCCGGUGCGCGGUGUCGGGGGCGUGCGCGCCGGCGGGCGCGCGCUGCGACGGCGCCGCCGACUGCCCGCACGGCGAGGACGAGGCGGGCUGCAGCUGCGCCGCCGGCUCCUUCCGCUGCACGGACUCGCAGCUCUGCCUCGACUUCGAAAUGUACUGCGAUGGGGACGUGGACUGCGUGGACGGGUCGGACGAGCCGCCGGGCUGCGAAGGCAGUAAGGCGGGGGGCGUGGCGAGUGGUGAAGCGGGUGGCGAGGCGGGUGGUGAAGCGGGCGGCGGGGGGGGUGACGGAGCGGCGGUGGCCGCGUUGUGCGGCGCGGCGGCGGGCGGCGUGCGGUGCCGCGGGCGCUGCAUAGCGGCCGCGCUCGUGUGCGACGGUCGCGACCACUGCCUGGACGGCGGCGGCCACGGUGCCGGCACCGAUGAGGACCCCUUCAUGUGCGCAUCAUACGCGCGCGCGUUCGGUUCGAGCUUGAUGCCGGGUGCGGUGGGGGGUGCGGCGGGUGCGGGGGGACGCGGCGCAGGCGACGUGAACGAGUGCCUGGUACUGAACGGCGAGUGCGCGCACAACUGCAGCGACCUGGCGGUGGGGCGCGCGUGCUGGUGCCGCGGCGGCUGGCGGCGCGCCGGCGCCGGCGCCUGCGCCGACGUCGAUGAGUGCGCCGAGGACGAGCCCUGCGACCACCGCUGCCGGAACACCGUCGGCAGCUUUGUUUGUUCAUGCAACGACGGAUACGAACUAAUGGCUGACGGCAUUAGUUGUGAACCUAUUUCUUCCAUCAAGGCAUCUUUGAUAUUCACAAACCGCUACUACAUCCGACAAACGAGCAUCGUGAGUGAAGACGCUCCUCCGGGGUCCGCGGUGACGUCACUACUGGUACACAACCUGACCAACGCCGUGGCGCUGGACAUGGACUGGGCGGGCGGCUGCCUCUACUGGAGUGACGUCACGCGCCUCGGCAGCUCCAUCAAGCGCGUGUGCCGACCUGACCGCAAGGAGAAACCCCUCCAGCCCUUUUACUCUAACCCUCAUCCGUGGCAACCUCUACACCUGCUCGAGACUUCUUCAACUGACUAUCAGCUGGUGCAGGGCGCGACACUGCAGAACCCGGAUGGGCUGGCGGUGGACUGGGUGGCGCGCAACGUGUACUGGUGCGACAAGGGCACGGACAGCAUCGAGGUGGCGCGGCUGGACGGCCGCCACCGCCGCGUGCUGCUGCGCGCCGGCCUGGCUGAACCGCGCGCGCUCGCGCUGCACCCCGCCAAGGGGCGGCUGUACUGGUCGGACUGGGGCGCGCGCGCACACAUCGGGCGCUGCGGCAUGGACGGCUCGGCGCGCCGCGUGCUGCUGGCGACCGGCCUGGGCUGGCCCAACGCGCUCACGCUGCUGCCCCAGGCCAACGAGCUCUACUUCGCGGACGCGCGCGAGGACUUCAUCGCCGUCGCCGACCUCGACGGCAACCACAUGCGUAUACUCUUCUCCAGAGAGCAGAUGCCGUGGCUGCGGCUGCACCACGUGUUCGCGCUGGCGGUGUGGGCGGGCCGCGUGUACUGGAGCGACUGGGAGACGCGCGCGCUCGAGAGCUGCCGUCGUCGCCCCGACCCGCACUACCAGGAAAGUAACAGCAGCGUGGAGCUGGAGCUGGGCGGCGCAUGGCGCUGCCGCACGGAGACGCGUACCGUGCACAAGCCCAUGGACCUGCGCGUUUACCAUCCCGCAAGACAGCCUCCUUCACCAGAGCUAACGGCACUGUGUGAGCGGUUGACCUGCUCGGGGCUGUGCCUGCUGGUGCCCGGCGAGGAGGGAGCAGGAGCGACGGCGCGCUGCGAGUGCCCCGAACACUUCGUGCUGGCGGCGGACGGCCGCUCCUGCACGCCCAACUGCACCACCGCGCAGUUCGUCUGCCGCACCACGCUUAAGUGUAUACCGUUCUGGUGGCGAUGUGAUACACAGGACGACUGCGGCGACGGGUCGGACGAGCCGGCGUGGUGCCCGCGGUUCCGCUGCGCGCCCGGCCAGUUCCAGUGCGGCAGCGGGCAGUGCGCGCAUCCGGCGCACAUCUGCGACGGCACGCCGCACUGCCGCGAUGGCAGCGACGAGCGCGACUGCGACGCCUUCGCCUGCCUCGCGGCGCACAUCAAGUGCCGCGCCAACGCCACCGCGCACGUGGCGGCCCGCUGCGUGCCCGCCGCGGCCCGCUGCGACGGCCGCCGCGACUGCCACGACGGGGACGACGAGCUCGACUGCCCGCCGCGCACCUGCCCGCCGCACCACUUCACGUGCGCGAACGGCGCUUGCGUGCCAGACGUGUGGGUGUGCGACGAGGACUCGGACUGCGGCGACGGCUCGGACGAGGGCACCGUGUGCAGGGCGCGUAGCUGCGCGCGCGACGAGUUCCGCUGCGCCUCGGGCCGCUGCAUCCCGCGCGACUGGCUCUGCGACGCGGAGGCGGACUGCCCGGGCCGCGAGGACGAGGCUCAGUGCGGGUCGGGGGGUGCGGGCGGUGCGGCGGCGGCCUGCGAUCCGACGUACUUCCGCUGCCCGGACGCGCACUGCAUCCCGGGCCGCUGGCGCUGUGACUUCGAGGACGACUGCGGCGACGGCGCUGACGAGAUCGACUGUACGCCGCGCAACUGCUCCGAAUCUGAGUUCCGGUGUGACAACGGCGAGUGUAUCCGCGGCGCGCUGCGAUGCUCGGGCGCGGCGGAAUGUGCGGACGGGUCAGACGAGGCGGCGUGCGCGCCGCACUGCCGCGCCGACGCACGCCUCUGCACGCACUCGCGCCAGUGCGUGCGCAGGUACGUGCGCCACAACUACGCAGCGAACACACAAGCCCCACAGCGAACGACAAUUCUCCUUGUGUGA